UGCACAAUGUGACAAGCGCAGCUUGGUACCGUUCCUCCAGUUGGGGCGAUUCCGUUCUUCGUUCACCUCGAUUCUCGGUGGCACAGCUCGUAAUUGAGGUCGCGCACUAGGAUACAGUACUCCUGCAACCUCGUCCAACAUUUUACAGUGCGCACCGUCAACUCAUCCACCACACUCGCUCCAGAUUGUGUUGCGGUCGAAUUGGCUCAGCAUUGCACUUGGGACUCUCCAAAAUGGCGGCGUCUGACUUUCAGCGUCCAGGGAAGCUGGCAGGGAAAGUUGGGGUGGUCACAGGAGCUGCAAGCGGCAUCGGUGAGAUGACGUGCCGCAAGUUUGUGGCGGAGGGGGCCAGUGUCGUUAUCGCGGAUAUCGACCUGUCUGCAGCUGAGAAGCUGGCCGACGAGCUCAACGCAGGGGGCAGCCAAGUGGCACUGGCCGUCAGGUGUGAUGUCUCCAAGAUGGACGACAUUGAAGCGGCUUUGGCAGCAGCAGAGAAGACCUUUGGGGGCGUGGACAUCAUGUGCAACAAUGCGGGCAUGAGGAGUAUAAAGUCGGUGGUCGACACGUCGGAGGAGGAGUUUUGGAAGAUGCUGGACAUCAACCUGGUGUCCGUCUUCCGGGGGAUCAAGCUGGCGGUGCCGUACAUGAAGAAGCGGGGGGGCGGCGCCAUCGUCAACACCAGCUCCGCGUACGCUCACGUCGGCUCCGCCGGCUUCGCCGCCUACCACGCGGCCAAGGGCGGCGUGUCGUCGCUGACGCGCGGCGCGUCGGUGAGUUUGCUGAAGGACAACAUCCGGGUGAACGCGGUGGUGCCCGGGGUGAUCCACACGGCGGGCCUGGACGACGCGGUGCACCAGCGGCCCAACCCGGAGGAGGUGCUCGCCAGCAUCAUCGAGAAGCAGCCGACGGGCCGCCUGGGCCGCCCCGAGGAGGUGGCCAACGUCAUCGCCUUCCUGGCCAGCGACGACGCCGCCUUCGUCAUGGGCGCCGAGUACACCGUGGACGGGGCGUACCUCACCGCCGCGCGGUGAUCAUUCGCGGGGGCGACAGCCGCGGCCAUGGAAUUUUUGGGGCGAUUGAGGAAGCGCGCGCGACAAAAAUACUUAGAGAGUUUAGGUUGUAAAGCCUGGCAAACCUCGCGAUCAGGUGCACAGCUCACGUGGACUGACGAGAUAGCGUUGUGGUGCAAUAAAAUAAAGACAAUUAUACGUGAAACUAGCCUGCAUGCAUUGUGAUGCAGCUUGGUCACUCACCACUAACAAGCAUGCAAUCUCGAGACGAUCUUUCUGUUGCAAAGCCGGCUG